AAAAAACAACGCCACAGCGAAAAGGACCUGCGUAGGAUACAUGAACGCUCGUCUUUUAUCUUUGAGUGUAUUUGUACAGUUUGAAACGAAACAUUUUCGGUUUUUGUUGCGUAUGCUUAAGGGACAUGGUAACGAUGGAUGAACUUUGUGAAAUGGAUUGUAACGUUUUGAAAAGGCUCUUGAAGGACGACAGCGGGAAAUGCCUGGUUUUGGACUGCAGAUCCUUCUUGGCGUUCAGCGCCGGGCACAUCCGUGGCUCGGUGAACAUUCGCUGUAACUCAAUCGUGCGCAGGAGAGCAAAAGGUUCCGUCAGUUUAGACCAGAUUCUGUCGGGUGACGAAGAGGUCAAAGCCCGAUUUAAAUCCGGACUGUACUCAGCCGUUAUUCUAUACGACGAGAGGACGCCAGAUGCUGACACGAUUAAAGAAGACAGCACAAUAACUUUGGUUCUUAAUGCGUUGUAUAGGGAUACGUUCGAGACUGAAAUCUAUCUACUGAAAGGCGGGUACGACAGAUUUUUCACCGAGUAUCCUGAAUUCUGUCUAAAAACCAAAACGUUGUCCACCUCAUUAUCGCAGUCCAGUCUGGACUCAAGCUGUUCCUCCUGCGGAACACCGCACCACGACCAGGCUGGUCCUGUGGAGAUCCUGCCCUUCCUGUUCCUGGGCAGUGCCUACCACGCUUCCAAAAAGGACAUGUUGGACGGCAUGGGCAUCUCUGCCUUACUCAACGUGUCUUCGAACUGCCCCAACCACUUUGAGGGCCUGUACCAGUACAAGUGCAUCCCUGUGGAGGACAACCACAAAGAGGACAUCAGCUCCUGGUUCAUCGAGGCCAUUGAGUUUAUCGACUCUGUGAAGGACUCAAACGGCCGCGUGCUGGUGCACUGCCAGGCGGGCAUCUCGCGCUCCGCCACCAUCUGCCUGGCGUACCUGAUGAAGAGGAAGAGGGUGCGUCUGGACGAGGCCUUCGAGUUCGUGCGGCAGCGCCGCAGCAUCAUCUCGCCCAACUUCAGCUUCCUGGGGCAGCUGCUGCAGUUCGAGUCGCAGGUGCUGGCCACUUCCUGUGCCGCGGAGGCCGCCAGCCCCGCCCCCCGCGGGCCCAAGUCUUCCUCCACCCCCACCUCGCCCUUCGUCUUCAGCUUCCCCGUGUCCGUGGCGACGCAGCCCAACAGCCUGUCCUACCUGCAGAGCCCCAUCACCACGUCGCCCAGCUGCUGACCCCAGCCAGCCGGGACAGAUGGACGGAUGGACAGAUGGACAGACGGACAGACAGUGUCAAUGCGGCAAGAGAGAUCUGUGCCAGUAAGCUUUGUCAACACAACCCAGAAUAUCUGGGGUGGCAGGGGGGGAAACAAGGGAACAGCCAUCUUGGUUUGAGAGAAGCAGGCAGAAGAUUUAAGAGAGAGAGAGAGAGAGAGAGAGAGAGAGAGAGAGAGAGAGAGAGAGAGAGAGAGAGAGACAGAGAGAGACAGAGAGAAUGAGUGAGGCAGAGAGAGAAAGACUGAGAGAGUGAGUGAGGCAGAGAGAGAGAAUGUAUCUUUAACAAGAGAUAAUAGUAAUAUAGAAUAAUACCCAAAUACAUCAUUUCUUUCUCCUUGGUUAAUUCUGGGCACAAGCUAGCCAUUUAUCUGAGGGUGAAAGCACUUUUGGAGGGGAAUGGACUGCUACAGUUCCAAACACAAUGACCCUUUCUGUGUUCUGAAGGCGAAAGUAAACAUGGACUAGAAUUCCUCCACCUUUAUCUGAGAUCAGUUCAUCUCCAUUUCCCGCGGCUUGUUCCUGUUGUUAGAGGGCUAAGAGCGGUGUGAGUGGGAGUUCUAUUAAUUCCUUGUAUAAACCGGAGCAAACUCGCGUUUCCUGGCAGGAAGCGGCUAUCGCUUCUGACAGGUGCGGGUGCAGCAUUCCACCUCCUAUUUCAGGCUCCUCCGGUCCUGCCUGCUUCUCUCAAAAUAAAAUGAAAAAAAAAAAGUCCCUCUUCAGUCUCUUCCGCCGGAGGACGGACGGAAGAUAAAUAAUGGAACGAGAACUUUGGGGAAGAGAGAGGGUCUGGCUGGGCGCCAACGCACGGUUUCCCAGAAGGUGCCAAAUAAGGAACUUGGGUUUUACGCACGCAUGAACUGAGGACGCCAUGUGACGAGGCAGCGGUCAAAUCUGCAAAUACUGUGAAGUGUAUUCUGGGGAGGGUGGGGGACGUCACGGUGGUCAGCUGAUGUUGCAUGUAGCCGCCACAGAACGGUUUGGGAGAGGAAGUAGCCUUUCUCUUUUAUGUUUCAUUUGUCAGUGCCUUGUUCAGAGAAGGUACGUUUUCAGAAGUUUUCCGUUGGUGUUUUUUCAAUCCGGAGAAACUGAGACAGACAAACCGUUUGGCUCUCUGAAGCAAUGACACGUUUUUCGAACUUGCAAUAUGGACGUUUUUUCAAGGUAGCCUACCGUUGUAACCGGGUUUGUUUUAUUUUCGCAUCGGAGCAAUAUCCUUUUUCAAGUUGCCACCAAAGCACUAAAACAUAUUCCUCCUCCAAAAUGGUUUCUUUUUAUAAACUGAAUAUUUAUUGUAGAAUUUGUUCAUAAGUUGAAACCUGAAAUUUUGCUCGAUGUUUUUAACUCUUUAUAAAGGGGGACAUUUCAAAUGAAGAAUUUUUUUCUGUGUUGUCCCUAUUCGAAGAAUCAAAUACGACGCACUGUCACCUCCGAGAGAAGUUAGGACGGUAAUAUUCCAUAUACAUACACGUACACAGGCCUACAAACAUUCAUUAUAAGCAGAUAAUGUUUAAUUUGGGAAUGGAAAAAAAUAUGUAAAUUGGAAAGCGUCAAAUUAACCUUUCCUGGAAUCUACUGUACGAAAUGUGCGUCAAAGCUGUAAAUAUUUAUCAAGUAGGGGUACAGUGUGAUACUCCAUUAUUUGAAACGCACAUUUUUCCCUCAAGAAAAAACGAGGUUUAAUUUAACAAAAAAGAAAAGAAAAAGCCUCAUACUCACAAAGGCACAUAGAUCACUGGGUAGUUCACCACUGUAAACAUGGGAAAUAUACACGGGCGAUAAGGCCAAAACAGAAACUACACUCAGAUUUCACACUGAGACGGCUGGAAACUGCAGGCUUAAUUUUUUACCUUCGGUCUUCCUUAAAUGUUUGUUGUUUUUCUGUUUAACGUUUUUCGAGACACAGCUCUGUAAAAUAAAUUGCAUAUGAUUCCAAAUUGACACCCUGAAGUGCUGGGUUGGUCCAAGGCGGAAGGCAAAAAAAAAAAAAAAAAAAGUUUUCUUUUUAUUUUGAAAAAUGUUGGCACCUUUUACAUAGCACUUUUAAGUGAGGCAAUAUUGUAGUAUACAUUUUCAUUGAUUUCCACAUCGCGACAAGAACAGGACGUUGAAUACUUUAUGUAUUAAAGUGUUCAAGCUGUGAGUUGAGUGUAUGGAAAAUAAAUUUAAAAGGUGUACAACCGUCAAAUACCAUUGAACAAUGCAAUACUUUAUACCUGUGUCAAGUGAAAUGUUAUUGUCCAAAUUCCCAUGGCAAUAUCAUUCAUACAGUUUCUAACCUUUCCUCAUUUUUGUUAUAUUGUAUGUUUUAUUUAUUUCUUGAAUCCCAUUUAAAUAUCAAACUUUUUAAGAA